AUGCCCAGGAUUUGGCUUCACUACAUCGAAUUCUUGAUGAAGCAGAAGAAAAUCACCAGAGCACGAAGGGCACUAGAUCGAGCUUUGCGCUCGUUGCCCAUCACACAGCACUCGCGGAUUUGGGAGCUCUAUGUGAAAUUCAUCAAGGAUGGUGAAGUGCCAAAGGAGACGGCUCUCUGUGCCUUCAGACGCUACCUCAUGUUGGAGCCAGAUCAUGUAGAGAUCUACAUCGCUUACCUGCGGACCAUCGGGCGUUACGACGAGGCCGCUCAGAAGUUGGCAAAUGUUGUCGACGAUGAGGAUUUCAGCUCCAUGGAGGGCAAGACUCGUCACCAGCUGUGGAUGGAUCUCUGUGAUCUGGUCUCCAAGCAUCCCGCGGACAUCAAAGCCUUGAACAUCGAGUCCAUCAUUCGUAGUGGGAUCCGGCAGUUUACUGACGAGGUUGGCCGACUUUGGAUCUCUUUGGGCGAUCACUUCAUCAGGCUUGGGCAGUUUGAGAAGGCGCGCGACAUCUAUGAGGAGGCGAUGGCCACGGUGAGCACCGUCCACGACUUCUCCCUGAUUUUCGAAUCGUACGCCAAGUUCCUCGAGAGCUUGAUCUCCGCGCACAUGGAAAGAGAGGCCGCCUCGGCCGUCUCUGCGGCCGAAGCCGACCUGCUGAUGCUGCGCUUGGAGGACCUGCUGGGCCGACGCCCGGAGCUGGUGUCGUCCGUGAAGCUCCGGCAGAAUCCUCACAACGUCCAUGAGUGGCUCCAGCGCGCCAAACUCUACAAGGACGACGUUUUGAUCGCGUUGUGGGUUGGGGAUCGCGAGUGGAGUACCCCCCAGUGGAGUGGAUGA